AUGAGCUCUUUGGAAUGCACCAAACAGGAAGCGCUAUGGCACCAACAACGAGCCAAAUUGUAUGAGGAGCUGUAUACAGACGGGAAAAUAGGACUCAAUCGAGAAAGUGUGCGUAAAACAAGACAGCAUUUCACGUCUGGUGCAACGCUAGAAUCCAAGCCAUACCAUUUUUCCACCGAAAACAAUGGUGUGGCACUUAUCUGUGCACCAAUUCCGAAGGAGAUGGCGGAACGCUGUCACGUCAUCGGUACGCAGCUAACGGACUUGCUACCGCGCGAGAUUGAGACCAAUAACGCCGUAGCGUGCGUUACACGCCGCGACCUUAUGCACAUCACUCUUUUUCACACAUCACAUCCUGGAGAUUUAGCACCAAAUGCGAGACUACACUUUGCUCAGGACAUAGCGCAGCUCAAGGCCAUGUGCAUGCACUUGGCGCCGUUUCAAAUGGUCCCCGUGCAAAUUCUCAUGGCCUCCUCGGGUGCCAUCAUCAUGCUCUUUCAAUGCUGUCCUGCUAACGAAACGCUUCAUGACGAUGUCAUCAAUGCACAUGCCGAGUUCUCGGUGGAUUACAUCCGCUUGAUGGCAAAAAAGACGUUUUCCUACGCGCCCAAAACGGACACCCGCAUAAUCAUUCACGCGACACUGGGUCGAGUGCUGUCACCCGACGUAAGCGAGGAAGCGUUGGGUUGCCUACAGGCCAAGUGUGACGAGAUGACGACUGAAUUGAUUGCAAAACCUCAGCCGGUGCUGUUUGACAAGCUUUGGUUUGUUGAGGAGACGCAUCACCUGUCACCUCAAGGUCCCAAGACAGAGAUGCUGCUAUGUGGUGGUCGGUAUAGAGCAUAA